UACAGUUCUGGGUUCGCCUGAUUACGCCUGCAGCAAAAUCUUAUAAUGGUCAUGGGAAAAUGGUUUCUUAACGACUUGAAGUUGUAUCUCUCCACCUGCAAACACAUAUCAUCCGUUGCCAAGAUCCAUGCUGUUGCAAUUACAUCUGGGAUUUUCGGCUUCGGAAGUCUCCCAGCGCAGCUGAUAGCGUCGUAUGCUCGCGCGGGUCACAUGGAUGUCGCAUGCAAACUGCUCGACAAUAUGCCUGAAAGAAGGGUUGAUUCUUGGAACGCAUUGCUGAUCGCUUACUCCCGCCGGAACUGCCCCCUUCAGCUCAUGCAUCUGUACAGAAGAAUGAUAUUUGAAAAUAUAAAGCCAGACAGCUCAACCUUUACGGUGGCGAUCAAAGCCUGCACCAGCUUGAUGGACUUGGAGUUGGGGCAGGAAAUUUGGCGAACUGCCGUGGGCUGUGGUUAUGGGGAUGACAUAUUUGUGGCGACUGCUGUGCUGAAUUUGUAUGCCAAGUCUGGGGAAAUGGAUGGGGCGAUGUGCGUGUUCGAGAGGAUGUGUCGACGGGAUGUGGUGACAUGGAGUACGGUGAUUGCGGGGUUUGUUAAGAGUGGGAGAGCAAUGGAGGCCGUGGAUGCAUAUAGGGCGAUGCGGAAGGAGGGACUUGAAGGCGACGGGGUUGUGAUGUUGGCACUGAUCCAGGCGUGCGCGGAGAUGCGGUCCCCGAAAAUAGGUUGCUCGCUGCACGGGUACAUGCUUCGGAAAGGUUAUGCUAUGGAUGUUGCGGUGCAGACGACUCUUGUAGACAUGUAUGCUAAGAGUGGAAGGGUGGACAGUGCAUCCACCGUGUUUCGGAUCAUGAGCCACCGGAGCAUUGUGUCUUGGAGCAGCUUGAUAUCGGGGUAUGCGCGGAGUGGACGAUAUGCAGGGGAGUCUCUCAAAUUGCUGGUAGAGAUGCAGAGUUGCGGGUUGGAACCUGACUUGGUUUCACUGGUGAGCGCACUUCUGGCAUGUUCUCAGCUCGGGUCUCCGUCACGGGGGCGGGAGGUGCACGGAUACAUUACCCGGAGGAGGAUCCGCAUGGAUCAGGACGAGGGCAAGGACGAGGAUCAGGUCCUCAGCACGGCACUCAUUGAUAUGUAUGCAAAAUGCGGGCUGCUUUGCUGUGCCCGGGCAUUGUGCGAACAGGUGAGCAGCUUUCGCAGGGGGGACGUCAUACUUUGGAAUACAAUUAUUGCCAGCUACGGGACUCACGGGGAGGGCAAGGAGGCCCUCAAGAUUUUCCGGCAAAUGCUUGAGGCGGGCGUGGCUCCUGAUCAUGCGACAUUCGCUGCUCUUCUCUCGGCAUUGAGCCAUUCGGGAUUGGUGGAGGAAGGGAAGUACUGGUUUGAGUCGAUGGUCGAAGAAUAUGGAAUUGAGCCGAUGGAGAAGCAUUACGUGAGUUUGGUCGAUCUGUUCGCUCGGGGCGGGCGAGUGGAGGAAGCUCGGGAGUUGAUCGAAGGCAUGAUGGCGAGCAUGGGGCCCCCGGGGAUGGGUGUGUGGGUGGCCCUUCUGUCGGGAUGCCUGAACCAUAAGAAGUUCGGGGGGGUGGGAGAAUGGGCGGCGAGGAAGGUGCUGCUGGAGCUGAAGGGGGAGGGGAAGCCGCCGAAACAGGGGAGUGCAGCAGGAGUAUACAGCCUGGUGUCGAAUUUCUUCGCGGCUGCAAAGAGAUGGGAGGAAGUGGCGGCGGUGAGGAGGGAGAUGAGACUGGUAGGCGGGGGGACAGUAGUGAAGAAGGCGGUGCCGGGGUGCAGCGUGAUUGAAGUGAAUGGCAGGUUGUCUGCGUUCAGCGUGGAGGACAGGAGCCACCCUUGGUACGGACGGAUUGCGGCAGUUGUGGCGGAGAUGGAAGACGCAAUGAGACGAGGAGGAGGAGGAGGAUACUGCGAAUGCGAAUGCGAAUGCGAAUGCGAAUGCCAAUGCGAAUGUGAGUUAGGAGGAAGUGGAGGAGGAGGAUGUCCAAUUCCAAUUCCGAUUCCGAUGGUGGUGGAUGCGGUAAUUGAAACUUAAAAAGGAAGGAGGGCAGGGCAGGGCAGCAUAGAUAAGAUAGACGAGUCACAUUGAGCGACCCGGUGGUUGAAGAAGGUUCAACUUGCAAGCACCCACUGCCUAUGAACACCAACAACAAGUAUUAUAUUAUUUCAACACUAUUUUUUAAUUACAACUUUUUAAAAGUAAUAAUAAACAAUACAAAAACUUUCAACAUUAAAUAUUUAACUUAAAAUAAUACUCCCUCCAUCAGAG